AUGUACCGAUUCCGGGACAGUGGGCGGUUAUUUUUCGCUAUGCCUUCCAAGCGCCACCAGUCCUCAGGUGAUAAUGGAUCUACCAAGCGUCUGAAAACGUCUCUAUCGCCGGACCCUGAGGAAUUUUCGUUGAACAACGUUCUAUUCAACGCCAAGAAAGCUGCUGCCAUUGCUCAUUUACCGGAGGCAAAUAUAUCGAAGGUGUUUGAAGAAGACGCGGCUAUCUCGUAUCUUACAACAGACCGCAAGAGUUGGGUUUAUCAUGUACCACGCUGGUAUCGGCAUAUUUUCGAGCACGCCACGCCUGAAGAUCUCAAUUCAGCAGCUUUAGAUGAGGAUGAAAAUGGAGAAAAAUCACCAGUCCUCUGGUCUACGAUGUUCAAACAAGCUUGGGAGACACAUCCAAAGGAGCACGAUACUAUCAUGAUGUUCGGUAAACCGACAAAGCUUCCACGCUUCCAGCAGUUAUGUGGGGAAAUGGGGAGCUAUAGAUACUCUGGUAAGACAUAUGAAGCACAGAAAGAGUAUCCGAGAGGUUUGAGGCACGCUAUCGAGCACAUGCAACGAAUUGUAGAAGACCCCGCUACCCUGCGGACACGACUCACAGGAGGUCUCGUGAAUUGGUACGAGAAUGGAGAUCACUACAUCGGUCCUCACGCUGACGAUGAGCGUGAUAUGAUAGCGUGCUCUCCUAUUGUUGCAUUAUCGUUAGGAGCUACGAGGCGGUUCGUGUUCACGAAAAAGACGUCGAAGAGUGCUCCUAAAGACAGUGAAGCUGUAGCACAAAUGGAGUUGCAAAUUGGGGACGGAGACCUGAUGAUCAUGGGCGGCACGACACAAAAAACUCACAAACAUGCGGUUCCCAAGAUGGCUCGAUGUCGUGAGCCAAGAAUCAGCGUCACCAUGCGUUGCUUUCAUUAG